ACCCCUCGCACGAAAAAAAUAUCUGACGCCCUCGAUCUAUCCGCUACCACGACCGGAACCACGCCCCAGGCGCCACCGAUCCCUUCGCCGGCGCCGAGAUCCUAGAGGAGGCGCCGCCGCCGAGAUCCUAGAGGAGGCGCCGCCGCCGAGAUCCUAGAGGAGGCGCCGCCGCCUUCGCUGCGGACCUCCAGGUCGCAGUCAGGACACCGCUGCCGAGGUCCGCCUUCGACUGGAUCCCUUCGCGUGUUCAUGGUCACCACGCUUCGUCUCUCCGUCCGCCGCCGCACUGCCUUCCGUCCAUGGUCGCGCUACCUGCCCCGCUUCUUCCUACCGCUUUUCCAGCUCACCGCGACGCCACGCCGGGAUGGAGAUCGAGGAUGAGGUGAGGAGGGCCAAGGGUUCCUUCCGCCUGAGAUCGAGGACGAGGUAAUGAGGGCCGAGGGUUCCUUGCGCCCGCUCAUCUCCCAGAUAGCCCUCGCGUGUGCUAGGGUUCCUCGCGCCGCUGCAGCAUAGGAGCUCCUCGAUCAGCCCCGCCUCCUGCUGUUGCGCCCCUGCUUCCCUCUCGUAUUCGCCGCCUUCCUUGGUGGUCACCGCCUUGUGUUUGGUGAACUCAACAGCCCUUCACAGGCUACAACCUUGGUCGAAUUCGGUUGUCUUCCUCCACUCCGUUCACCUGCCGCCGCGCCUUACCCCUCCACUCAUGGUGAGCCCCUACAGUAGGAAGAUUGGCUUAUGAGUUGGUGCAUACCUUCAAGAUCAAAUCAGUUGUUUGUUCACGUGGUGUUAACUGGUGUGGUUUUAUUCUAUUGUGAAUUUUUGAUUGUGUGCAAAGGGGGCAUAUGUUCAACUGAUUAGAUCAGUUUGUUAAAUGGAAUGUGUUAAAAAGUAUACCCGCUCUUUCACAUGGUUACUGGUAAGCAAUUUUUCUCUGCCACUUCUCGUGAUGCAGGAUGGAAUUGGAUCCAGACUUGGUAGUUUGAAAUUAUUCUCUGUCGUAAGUUGCAUAUCCUAAACAAUAAUUUAUGACAUUUCAUUUUCGCUCUUAUGAUAUAAAGUUCAGUGUUACUUUCAUUCUGUUUCAUGGUAAUGAUGCGUUGUAUGUGUUUUAGUGAAUGGAGGAAUCUGAAAAAACAUAGUGAUUUAACCUUACCCUGUUAAAUGCUUAUAUGCAUGUUCGUUCUGUUCAAUUAAAGAUAACCAUGAUUAUAGGAAUAUUAACAUGAUUCUCACCACCCUUCAUCCUAAUUUGUAAUGCAAAUAGUUGACUAAUGCUGGAUCUUGCACAGCCAACUUUCCACUUUUAUCACAAAGGUGAGAAGGCUAGCGAACUGGUCGGUGUCGACAUGAAGAAGCUUGAAGCUGCCAUGCAAGGUCCAGAAAUUUAUGGAUGACUGUUUAUUUUACUUGAGAAGAAGUAAUUGAUGUGUUCAAGAACUGUCUGAACUGUCAUUUUCAUGAGCCGAGGCAGCGAUAGGGCGGUGCAGCUGGACCUGGAGGUUGCCCCAUGGGCCCAUCGCCAUUGGUUGAGGUGAAGUAGGUGAAUAAGAAGGGGGUGGCGACGAAGGUGGCGGAGUGGCAGAUGGCGGAGGUGGAGGAGAUCAACAAGUAAUUCAAGAGGGAGGUGGUUCUCGUCAACAGCUCAGAGAUGGAGCAGGUGAUCAUGAAGGUCAAUGGAAGGAUGGUGGAAAGAUACUGGCAAUCCGCUGUGGACGACAUGCAUGAAAAAAGACUGAAGGAUGUUUUAUGUCCAUGUCGAAAAUGCAAAGGAAUAGUCAGGCUCGACCCCUUUGAGGGUGGCACAUUCAAGGCGCACCUGCUCAUGCAUGGUUUCAUGCAUGGCCAUACUCGAUGGAUAAGUGAAGAUGAUGAUGAUGAGGAUGUGGACGGGGCAGGAAAUAAGGACAUGGGGCCACCAGACGACGAGAUGACCGAUUAUGUGCCCGAAGAGGAAGACAGCCUCGGAAAUGUCGAUGGCGAAGAGGCAGUUCAAGGCGGAGAAGAUGCGGACACGCCGCCGUCUUCAUCGCUACUAAGUUCAGUCGUGCGGGACCCGCAUGUUCGAGACCUGCUUCGCAAGAAGACGACUAGCGACAGAGCUGCUUCUAGAGAGGAGGCCAAACUGGCGCAACUGGAGGUAGACUUGAUGACUCCUUUGUAUGAUGGUUGCAAUCCCGAGGUGACCCGCUUGAGUUUCACACUAGAACUUCUAAAUACGAAGGCAAAAAACAAAUGGACAGAUACAAGCCUGGAUGAGCUUCUGAAGUAUCUAAAGAAGGUUCUUCCCGCGGGAAGCCUGUGUCCUACUAGUGUCGAGGAGGCAAAGAAAAAAUCGUGUGCCCUCGUGAUCUGCCACACAUUUGAUAUCACAUAUGCAUCAAUGACUACAUCAUAUAUCGGAACGAGCACGCGGAAAAAAACCAUCUGUCCAAAGUGCAAUGCUUCACGAUAUAAAAAGGCCGGAAAGAAAGCUCCACAGAAAGUUGUAUGGUACUUUCCGAUCACUCCGCGUCUACAGCGGUAUUUCGUAGAUCCUAAGGAAGCAAAGCUUAUGCGCUGGCACGCGGAGAGGGUGAAGCCAGAUGACGGAGAUGAGCCGGAGGUGAGACACCUCCCAGAUGCUAGCCAGUCGAGAGCAUUAAAUGCUGAAUUUGAUUUUUUUCGCAAAUGAUCCAAGGAACAUUGUGCUUGGCGCUAGUAGUGAUUGCGUGAAUCCAUUUGGCAACCAGAACACCAAUCAUAGCACAUGGCCCGUGUUUGUAUGGAUGUACAACCUCCCCCUGUUGUGCAUGAAGGGAAAAUACAUACACAUGGCUAUGCUUAUUCAAGGGCCGAGACAACCGGGAAAUGAUAUAAAUUUGUAUCUCGGGUUACUGAAAGAGGAGCUACAUACCUUAUGGACAACGCCGGCCAAGACAUGGGAUGCAAGCAAA